GAUCCGCAGGCCGGGGGCGGGGCGCGCGAGACCAUAUAAGGGGCGGGAGGGGGAUGUGUGGCGCAGUUGGAGCCAGGUGAGGCCGUGAGGGGCUUGUUCUGUCGACUUAGCCUGCCAGGCCUGCGGUUAAAAUGCAGAUCUUCGUCAAGACCCUGACCGGCAAGACCAUCACCCUUGAGGUGGAGCCCAGCGACACCAUUGAAAAUGUCAAGGCAAAGAUCCAGGACAAGGAAGGCAUUCCCCCUGACCAGCAGAGGCUGAUCUUUGCUGGGAAGCAGCUGGAGGAUGGUCGCACUCUGUCUGACUACAACAUCCAGAAGGAGUCCACUCUGCACUUAGUGCUGCGCCUGAGAGGUGGGAUGCAGAUCUUCGUCAAGACCCUGACUGGCAAGACCAUCACCCUGGAAGUUGAGCCCAGUGACACCAUUGAGAACGUCAAGGCCAAGAUCCAAGACAAGGAAGGCAUUCCUCCUGACCAGCAGAGGCUGAUCUUUGCUGGCAAGCAGCUGGAGGAUGGUCGUACCCUGUCCGACUACAACAUCCAGAAAGAAUCCACCCUGCACCUUGUCCUGCGCCUCAGGGGAGGGAUGCAGAUCUUCGUCAAGACCCUGACCGGCAAGACCAUCACCCUUGAGGUGGAGCCCAGCGACACCAUUGAAAAUGUCAAGGCAAAGAUCCAGGACAAGGAAGGCAUUCCCCCUGACCAGCAGAGGCUGAUCUUUGCCGGGAAGCAGCUGGAAGAUGGUCGCACAUUGUCCGACUACAACAUCCAGAAGGAAUCCACCCUGCAUCUCGUGCUGCGCCUGAGAGGUGGGAUGCAGAUCUUCGUCAAGACCCUGACCGGCAAGACCAUCACCCUGGAAGUUGAGCCCAGUGACACCAUUGAGAACGUCAAGGCCAAGAUCCAGGACAAGGAGGGCACCCCUGACCAGCAGAGGCUGAUCUUUGCUGGCAAGCAGCUGGAGGAUGGUCGUACCCUGUCCGACUACAACAUCCAGAAGGAAUCCACCCUGCACCUUGUCCUGCGCCUCAGGGGUGGUAACUGAACCAGCAGGUUGUUGCAUCCAAAUAAAAAGUUUCUCUGCACUUGUUCAUUCCAAUAAAGCUGUUGCAUCCACAAAA